ACUACCCACGCAAAAAAACUGAAUGCUCGUUUAACUUGAUCUGUAACUGUGAUGUAAUUAUCGCCGGCAGCUACUGUAUAUAAACAACGCUGCUGGAGAAAAUAGACAGAUCUUUUUGGUGAAAUCGAUCGAGUUGAGUCGAGAAACGUAUGGCGGACGGAGAUGCAGAUUACUCUCCGAAAUUGGCAGAGAACCUUUUAGAAAUUUUUCAGUCGGACCGAUUCGUUACUGAGUGCUUUAAGGAAAGAAACCUUAAAAUUUCUCAAGCGUUGUGUCUGCUAUGGCAUGACCAAUCGACUGGCGACGUUCCUGGAAGGAAGGCAAGUGCGCCUCAUUUUGGAAAUAUUUCGGCAGCUGUUAUCAUCGACUUGUACGUUCUUGGCAAAGUCAGUUUUGAAGACGCACAGGCGUCAUGUCUGGGUGUGAAGUAUAAGGAGAUGGUACUUCAGGUGAAAGAUUUCACACCAACAAACUCUUACUUAGACAACUGUAUGUUCAACCAGAUGUUGGAACGCAUUCGUAAACAUCCUGACAAGCCACGCAGUGUGUCUAAAUGGAUACUGAAAGGUUCAAAUUACCACAAGCCAAGCUGUGUGUCGGCUACAUUUGACAGCCUUGUGGAUCUUGGGUUAAUGAAGAAAGAGCCCAGGUUACUGGGAACUUCUGUUAGGUAUCCAGUCAUAAAUGCAGUGCCACAGAAUGAACUUGUUAAGGAAAUAAAGAUGAUCGCACUAGCAGGACAUGCAGUAGAUGGCUUCACCUGGACUCUUUUAAAGCUGGCCCGCUUUUCGGACUCACUGUAUCUUGGAGGGGCGCCAAUGCUUAAACAUCUCUUCCACAAGAAAGAGUAUGAGCAAGCAAAGAAAAACAUUGAAAAAUUGGUUGAGACUAAAAAGGAGAAUGCAAAGAAAAGAGGUUGGAAAAAAGACAAGGAUUUAGAAUUCUACAACUUGUGUGAAAUUGAACAAUAAUUUUUGAAGAAAUAUUGAGACUCAGGGGUUUGUAUGGAGUCUGAGAUUCUCAAGGGAAUAUGGAAAUCUAAAUAUUUUCAGUGACUUGCAAAAGAUGUCAAAAUGGAGACUUGGCCUGCUUGAAAAAGGAAAAACUGAGAGAUUUUUCAUUUGGAUAAUUGAUGAGAUUGAUAUUUGUCAGCUAAAAAACUUUAUAUGAAGCAUCUCAA